CCUGAUACUUUGAAUGUUUUAAGCAUACUUCUUCCUUAUUCUACGGCAGGCUCAGUAACUGGCAAUGUCAUUCGUGCUGAUGUAUUCGUCAACAAAUAAAUCGUAUUCAAAUCCAAACUACAACACGUGAACUUUUACUGGGACAAUCACCAGAAGUUCUUCAAGUCUUCGCUUAUGGUGAUAUAGAUAAUUUAUUUUCUUCAAUUGAUGGCCUUGUCUUUGACUGGCAACUUAUUACUAUUCCUGGAUCUAUGGAUGCCUCCAGCAUAUUAAGGAUUUUCCCAUUUUCUGAAUCAAUUAAUGAAACCUCAGCUGCUAUUUAUGCUUUAGAAGCCGAGGGUUUAAGGGGGCAGCAGUAUCAUUGUUGAAGGCAUAACAACAGGAACAGCAUUGGUCAGAGCAAAAUUAAGUCAUCCAACCUUCCAGGAUGUUCAAUCUGACGAAGUAAAGUUAUUGGUGAUUGAUAACUUAAUAAUUCCAUCGAGGGAUGUCUACAUUAUGAUAAAUACUGCUGUCAAAUACACAGUCAAAAGAUUUCGACAAAACUCUAUGAUAGAUGUCGAAAUGCCGUCAACACAAUUUGAGUUUGUUCUAAGCAAUACAACUGUUGCAGUUCUUCAUGAACCAUCAUCUAAUUUUAUUGCUCGUGUUCUUGGUUAUACACAAGUUACCCUCGUUGAUAAAAACAUGAAAGAUCAAAUAUCUACAAGACAACCAACAGCUUAUAUUUAUGUUGAUGAACCUCAUCUAGGAUUUUCUAUCACUUCUGGCGAUGUUUGGAUCUUAGAAAGUAAACGUGAAUAUUUUGUCACAGUGAACGUCUUUGACAAACUUAAUCAUAAACUUUAUGUUGGUGGUAACAUUCAAAUCACAACUGAAUUUCCAAAUUCCCAUUUCGAUGUUUCUUAUUCAUCUGAUAAUGGAUCGUAUCAUGAGACCAAGACGUUGACCAGUGGGAAAAUAGUGCUGCGUGCUGUACUAUCUAAGAUUACGUCAAUUAUCACUGGAGAAAAUGCGGUCCUCGAUACUCCCGUACGUGGUAAACAAGAUGUUAUUAUUUAUAAUCCUGUCACCGUGACGCCUGCUGUUUUGGCGUUUCAAUGGAUACUAAAUGGUUGGGAUCAUUACAAAUACCAACUUGAAGGGAGUGGACAAUACUCGUGGCCUUCUGAUGCUACGAUUAUUGCAAGUGUCAACAUUCGAGGUCUUCUCACUACGACUGCUGACUCUGGAUUCACUAUUGUGAAGGCUCAUGACACUGAGAAUUUAUUGCAUUAUGGUCAAUCAAAGGUUUAUAUAUUGCCUCCGGACAACUUAAAGUUUGUCCCCUCAAGAGUUGAAGUUGAAAUUGGUACAAAGUUAAAGAUUCCUGUGUUUGCUGCUGCAUUUUCUUUACCAGGUUUGUUGUAG